AGGAGUUCCCUCCAUCACCGCGGGGUGGCGCUGCAGCCCCCAUAUUAGAUGCGGAUGAGCAGCAGAAAGAGGAAUCAGCUCUCAUCCGCAAAGCCAACAUCUGAACGAUGGCGACGAUUGUUGGCAACUGUUAAAUAUUUCUGUUUCAUUGAUUGAACCAGCUACCUCACGCAUGUUACCGUCUCUGCGCCUCGGGAAAAAGUGUUGACCGCAGCGCUAAGACGACACGCCACCUCCGAGCGACUGUGACCCGGGUAUCAGGAAGAAGGUAGCCUGCUGGCUAACGUUACCAGUAGAUAAACACGAACGCCAUAUGUAACCAUUGCGUGUAGUCUAAUACAGCGACGAUACAAGCCAAUUGGAGUGUAAAUGGUGGCAGUAUUUUAUAUUUCGAGUUGUUUUAUAUGACUCUAUCAGCUGGGAAGCAGCCGUAACCUUAGCAUAACGUCAUGACGCUGGUUAGCUAGCUAGUGUGAGCUGUAACCCUCCUCCCUUCUGCACUCCAGACUCACUCGGAGCGUCUCAAAGAGUUUCAUAGAAAAUGUCCUUGUAGACUGACCUCCAGAAGUAUAAAUCUGAUAUCGUUUCUGUCUUUGUGACUCCAGUUAAGACACCAGGCUGCAUGGCUGAGCCGGAGCUGCUGCUGGACUCCAAUAUUCGACUUUGGGUGGUGUUGCCCAUUGUCUUCAUCACUUUUCUUGUCGGAGUGAUCCGGCACUAUGUCUCUAUUCUGCUUCAAAGUGAUAAGAAGUUGACGUUAGAACAGGUUUCUGACAGGUAGGUAAUAUAAUACUCAAUUUAACCAUGUAAAAGAUAGAAAUAGAAACCUAAUUUGUGUCAUACUGUGUUGUUGUCAUUUCAGUCAGGUUCUUAUUCGCAGCAGGAUUCUCAGAGAGAAUGGAAAAUACAUCCCAAAACAGGUAAGUUUGUUUUACAGACGUUAUUUAAUAAGGUAUGAACGUAAAAAGAAUGUUGGUUUCCACAUUAACACUCAUGGACUGAACACACACACACUCACAACCACUGAACCACCGUUUUCAAUCAUCUACAAUUACCUGCACUUUAUUUCUGUAAACCAACUUAAAACCUUUCAAACCUCAUUUGCACUACUGUAAAUACAUCCAAUAUUGCAUUACUGCAUAAUUUAUCUGCCAUAUAAUUAUAUUUAUAGUCUGUUUACAACCUUCAUAUUUAUAACCAUAUGUAUAAUCUGUUCAUAGCCUGCACAUACACUACUAUAGCCUGUACAUACUUAUAUACCGUGAUAUACUCAUGUAUAUAUCCCCUUCAUACCGUGUACAUUUGUAAAUAUAGGCUGUGUCCAAAAUGAAUCACUCAAUCCCUAACCCCUAACCCCCAUAUGGGAUUUCACUUUAUAGUUGACUAUGUAGUAAGUUCAAUUACCGGAGGUUUCGGACACUACAUGGCAUGAUGCAAGGCAUGACGGGAUGCCCACCACCAGUGAGUGACCAUCAGAUGGUCACUGCAUUUUGCAAUGCUUUAUGGGAAAUUUUGAGUCGCCUAUAUGGGGCACUGGAAUUGAUCACUCAGGUUUUGGACACCCCUCAAAAUGGCGCUAACCCCCAUAUAGUCACCUAUGUAGGGGUUAGGGAUCCAUUUCGGUCACAGCCAUAUUCAUACUUGCUAAGCACUUCUGGAUGGAUGCAAACUGCAUUUCGUUGCUCUGUACUCGUGACAUGUGCAAUGACAAUAAAGUUGAAUUCUAUUCUAUUCUAUUCUAUUAAACUAAGAGUGCACCGAUUACAAUUUUCUGGCCGACCAUCGAUCUUUAGAAAGCUUCACCAGCCGAUACCGAUUUUGACCGAUACCUUUUUUAAAAAAAAUGUUUUAUAACUGACAACAUACACCUUCGAUGCUCCAAUCUUAUUUUAAUGAAAAACAUUUAACAAUACUUGUGGAACAAUACAAACCUUUUUGUGUUUGAUUUAACUGCACAUGAGGUAGUUCUCUCAAAUGUAAAUCAGGUCACACUGCAGGCCUGUUUUGAGCCUCUUACCAAAGUAAAGUGCACAGCAGUAUUUUGCUUUUACAAAUAAAGGAAAUCACAAGGUUUGAGGAACUAAACUGGUGGGCGGGCCGGUCAUUCUGGCAAAAGCAAAAAGCUACAACGGCUGACUUUCAGACCUUUGCUGAGGUAGAUAAGAUCGGUAGAUAAAAUCGGUUUUAUGUGUAAGGGUCAGCCGAUUACGAUACCCCAAAAUUGAGGAAAUCGGCGCCAAUCAAUCGGCCAGUUGAUUUAUUGGUGCAUGUUUAGUUUAAACAGAUUAGGAUGGAUUGCAAGUCAUUUAAACCUUAAUUGAAAAAGAAAAACAAAAGACAACAUAUCAAAAGCUGAAAUCGGCGAAAUCUAUCUACAUUAAUUAAUGGCCAUUUUACAUUUGAUGCCAGCAACACAACUAUUCUAUUUUUUAUAUUUUACAUGGCAUCAUAACAUUUUUCCACAAGUAAAUGAAUUUUUUUUUAUUUGAAAUGUUGAAAUGAAAUAAAGACUUGGCACUGGACCAUAUACCUUUGCAAUACUCUAAUCAAUGGCAUGUUACAGAACAGUAAAACUGAAAAUCUCUGGUUUUUCUUUUUCAGUCUUUUUUGAUGAGGAAGUUUUACUUCAACAACCAAGAAGACGGAUUUUUCAAGAAAACUAAAAGAAAGGUUGUUCCACCCUCCCCCAUGACAGGUAUAUCUUUACAUUACUAACUAACUGCAUGUCAGGGUUAUUCGAUCAAAUGUCUAUUUUUUGUAGAUAAGAUAUUUUGUGAUAAAUUUGUACAUUGAAAGUUUUUUUUUUUCAUGUAAACAGACGAUUCAGAGACUGUAUGGUUCUAAAAGUUGGCCUUCAAGUCACUGAAUAGCCAUAUAAAUUUACUGCCAAAUAAUGUGUAUGAGCCUUUUCAAACCGGUUUUAUAGCGUAUUUCAGAGUCACAGUUUCCAAUCUGACUAUACAGUAGUUGUUACUUGUAAAUCAAACACUGGAGUUUUUACCGAAUGCUUUGUGUGCAAACUGUUUCUCUCCACAGAUCCAAGCAUGCUGACAGACAUGAUGAAAGGCAAUGUCACCAACGUACUUCCCAUGAUUCUUAUUGGAGGCUGGAUCAACUGGACCUUUUCAGGAUUUGUUACCAGUAAAGGGCCCCAUUCAGUCACAAAUGUUACUAUUUGUGGUGCAAAAUAUCACAUAAUAGGCUUUUAUUGGCUCUGUUGGCAGAUAUGAUCUUGUUCACGUCACACAACAGUAUUGAGUCAGUGUUGAGUUCUGUCUAUUUUCUGUUUCACACAGCUAAGGUUCCCUUCCCCCUUACUCUGCGCUUCAAGCCCAUGCUGCAGCAAGGAAUAGAGCUUCUGUCACUUGAUGCUUCCUGGUAAACUUAUGAAACUUUAUUUGUAAAAAGACUCUGCAUAGUGUCUACAGUAUCACCAAAAAGUGCUACAGUCUUACCUACUUGUCUUAAUUUUUGUGUGUGUGUUUAUUUUCCAGGGUGAGCUCGGCAUCGUGGUAUUUCCUAAACGUGUUUGGACUCCGAAGCAUGUAUUCAUUAAUUCUGGGCCAAGACAACGGUAAUUUUGGAACACCUGUUGAUGGGUGUUCUUUUUGAGUAAUGAGUAACUCCUAACUGAUUUUAUGUACUUUUGUUGAUUUUUGAGAAUUCAACACUAGAAGCAACCUGGUACCUUUGAGCAGUUUUUUAUUCACAUUUCAUUAAAGACGUUAAGUUCCUGAUAGUAAUGAACAGGUAUGAUGGAAAAUGUUGAUACUUAAAUAUUUGAUGUGUAAAGAGAUACUUUCUAGAUUCUCAAAAUAAUAUGCUCAUUAACACAUCAACGUUCAGCAAUUAGUUUGCUCUAAAGAUUUUGGCAGUGGUUUAUUUGGGUUGUCUUUGAACCCCCCUGACAGCUAGAUGGUAGUGUUGUAAUCUGUCUGAAGUCAUUUGUUUCCUCCAGUUGAAUAUUACAAAUUUAUAAAAACAAAACAACCACAUUUGGGCUUUUGAGUGGUGUCUCUGCUGCCGUCAUCAUGGAGAGGCUUUCUUUUCCAUCUGAUACAAUGGUAGAACAUGGUCAAGAUGACAGAAAUACACUCUUGAGUGCAGCUUCUGCUCUUUCAAUGAUAGAAAUACAUAAACUAGGCAAAAGGGAUUAACCUGUCCAAGGUGAGAACAUGAUUUACAGGAUUUAUUCUUAUUAACGGUCUGAAUGUCAUUUGACAUUAUAUGUUGUGCAUGAAUUCAGAAGAAAAUGCCCAUCACUUAUUGUAACAUGAGUAAGAUAAAUCACACAAUAUAUAUUUGAGUAGUUAUGUUACACUGAUCAUUUUAUUUUUCUUAUUAUAAAGGAGGCACAGUAUUAUUAUGAUAUAAAUAUUGAUAUCAACAGAUGUGAACAUUUCAGCCAAUACGUGUGGCUAAUGAGGUGGAGAAAGCUUUUGUGUUUGUGUGGCUAAGGAAGGGGCAGGACAGAGUUACCAUUCUUUUUUUGUUUGUUUUUUGUCUGAUCCCCCAAAAAAUGACAGGAAUCGUGAUCCUCAAUCUGUGCACUGAACCAAAUCAUGACAUUUGUGAUUUGUUGUACAUCUUUCUUGAACUGCAGCUACAUUAUGGUUUCUUAAAAGUCAGAACAAGAAGCAAAGCCUCAACCAGCAAAAACUAUCAGCUGCCUUACCUUCAGUUAUCUGACUAAGCUGGGAACUGGAGAACAUAUAUCUGAGUGUCUGUUUUUAUAUACACAAAGUGUAUAAAAAUUCUGGUCACUAUUUACGUAAAUGUGUCAAGCCUUCCACGCUGAGUAAACCCUUUGGUGACUUUGGUGAAUUCAGGUGCAGAUCAGUCGAGGAUCAUGCAGGAGCAGAUGAGUGGUGCUGCCAUGGCCAUGCCUGCAGACACAAACAAAGCUUUCAAGGUAUGCACUGUAGUUACAGAAUAAUUAAUUACUGUGUAAGGGUUUUGCUUGGUUGUUCAUGGAAGUCUGUUCUAAUUUACAGGCUGAGUGGGAAGCACUGGAGCUGACUGACCAUCAGUGGGCGCUGGAGAGUGUUGAGGAGGAUCUGAUGAGCAGAGAACUGGACUUUGAUGGCUUGUUUAGCAAGGAGCUGCCAAGCGGUAUCUUCUGAUGCCGGCGUCACUUCUACUUGGAUCCUUCAAUUCGAAAUUUUGAUCAUCUGGGGGAUUUGUUUGUGGUCAAAGCAACAGAGAUGGAGCUAAUACUUUCAUGUUAUGCAAAGUUUACAUUCCCUUAUUUGUGGUCCUCAUUUUUUUCAAGUCCAUUCCUGUCCAUGAAAUAUCUUAAAAAAACGUAAAUAAUGUACACUGGUUUUUUGCUGACUCAUGCAUACUAGAAAUCAUUGCUUUUGUUAUUUUACUUGGAAAAGGAAAUGUUUGGUAAAAGAAUGGCCUUUUGGCUGAUUAUUAUGCCACUUUUCCACUACCAUAUCAUUGUUAGGUAUUAGAAUGUGAGCUAUCAAGUACUUCUUUUCUUUUCUUAUGCACAGCUAGAUUGACUGCCCUCAUUUUCAUAUUGUUUGAUUUUGUUGAGAAAAGUAGUACACUACAGCAUUUUAGAGGUCUAAAUGAUUAUUUAAUUUUAGUAUAAGUUGAACAGUUCUGAGGGGAAAUGUUUGUGUGAAAUAUGUAGAUGGUUUGUUUUGUUAUGUAACGCCCUUGUGUUUUGUACAGCAUAAAGCCUGUUUUGACUAAACAUCUGGUUUCUUGUGUUGCAUUGCACUACAACACAGUUUAAAAAAAUACAAUUUACAAAAAAUCUGAUCCAUAAAACAGAUCCAUGCAAAAGUUUGCUGAUGUACAUGAGAGAGUCUAAUGCGUGACUAUUCGAUUCGAUGUAUUUUGCUGCUCUCUAAACUAGAGUGCUACAUCAGUCCUUUUUCUUUUUGGCGGUUGGCAAACGAGCUGAAAGGUGCAUUACUGCCACCUACUGAACUGGAGUGUGGCUCUGAAUUUAGGCAGUUGUCCUUGAAUUCUGUUAAAUAAAUUUGUCAUUUAAAGAAAUAAUAGAAUCAAUUUGUAUGCCUGUUGUAAUUUUGCUCCAAGUCAUUUUUUCUAGUGUAAAACUAAUAUUCUUCUGUUUGAGUGAAUCCCUUAACCUUUCCCUCUCCUGUGAAUAUAGGUUGCAGUCCAUAAACAAUGUUGUACUGUUUCUGGUUUAUUGCAGUGAGAACAGAGUCCUGUUGGGUGUUUGCCUAUCAUAUGGAGUGUGCUGUUUAAUCCUGUGUGUCCUAUUCUGAGUCGUGUGAUUAUGCUUUUUUCUUUCCGAAUGGUGAAUGUUUUCCUUCCAUCUUCAACCUGUUGCUGCCUUGUAGAUUGCGUACAUUUUGUAAUGAAUGUUUGGCUUUACUUUUGCUUAGUGGAAUUUACAUUUCUACCUGUGUUUUUCUGAGUGUUUGUUAAGCCAGAAUAUUUACCAGCUCAUUACUUUCCACACCCACAUGAGCAGGAACCCAAAUAAACCCUGGAACUAUU